GCACGCCGCCGGCAGGAGCAGAGCAGCUGCAUCACUGCAUCACUGCAUCACUGCAUCACUGCAUCACUGCAUCACUGCAUCACUGCAUCACCGAAGCGAAGGCUGCAAAGGCCGCAGCGAUUCCCACAGGAUGCAAAGCAGAGGGAAAUGCCAGCAGCCCGUAUCCGUGUGCGACAGGGGUGGCAGCAGCCCCUUCCCCACCCACCUGGACAGCGCCAGACGCUCCUCGGGGGCUGCAGGACAGCACAGGUCGCACAGGAAGAGAGAACACCACAAUGCAGAUGAAAGCCACAACCCAAUUCAGCUCCUCCAGGAACGAGAGCAACUGCACCAGCGACAGCAGGAUCAGCCAGGUCAUCUUCCCUCUGCUCUACACAUUCCUGUUCCUGGUGGGGAUCACCAUGAAUGGCCUGGCAAUGUGGGUCUUCUUUAAAAUAUCCAGCAAAUCCAAUUUCAUCAUCUUCCUCAAGAACACUGUGAUUUCCGACUUCCUCAUGAUCUUGACUUUUCCGUUUAAAAUCCUCAGCGACGCAAAGCUGGUGUCGUGGGAGCUGCGGGGGUUCGUGUGCCAGGUCACACAGGUGAUGUUUUACUUCACCAUGUACAUCAGCAUCCUGUUCCUGGGCCUGAUCACCGUUGACCGCUACCAGAAGGCCACGUCCCCGUUCAGGACAGCCACGCCCCGCAGCCUGCUGGCCGCCAAGCUCCUGUCCACCGCCAUCUGGAUCGCAAUGUUCGCCCUCUCCCUACCCAACAUGAUCUUGAAUAAUAAAAAGAAAACCCCCAGGAGCGUGAGGAAGUGUGCUCUCCUGAAAUCAGAGUUUGGCUUAGUCUGGCAUGAAAUUGUGAACUACGUUUGCCAGCUCAUCUUCUGGGUUAACCUGGCAGUGAUAGUGGUGUGUUACAUCCUCAUCAGCAAGGAGCUGUACAAAUCCUACAGAAGGACGCGCAGCACAGGGAAGGCAUCCUCAAAGACUGUCAAUCUCAAGGUUUUCAUCAUAAUUGCUGUGUUCUUCAUUUGUUUUGUGCCAUUCCACUUCACCAGAAUCCCCUACACCUUGAGCCAAACGAGAGAUGUGUUUGACUGCUCUGCCCAGAACACCCUGUUCUACCUGAAGGAGACCACGCUGUGGCUGACGUCCCUCAACGCCUGCCUGGACCCAUUCAUUUACUUUUUCCUUUGCAAAUCGUUUAGGAAAUCCUUGCUAGACAUGCUGUGCCAGCACAGGGCAGUGCCAGGGCGCGGGGCACACCCGAAGGGGCAGAACGAGGGGGAUGACACUGAUGAGACACCGCUCUAGACCUCAGCAUCCCACACAGCCCUGCUGCCAGGGCACCAGCCCAGGAGGAGCACCCACAACCUCUCUGGCUCGUUAGAAAUAGUCCUGCAGAUGAAGCACAGCGCCCUGGAACCACUGCCACUGCCUGCAAAAACAGAAAGCUGAAAUGAAGAGGAGUCCCCUCAGCCCAACCUCCACCCUAGCACAAGGAGCUCCCCAGGUUCCUCACCUGCCAGAACUGCUGGGAAGUCUGAGCUUCACGGUGGAACUGUGAGACAAUCCUGAAAUGAUACAGAUGCUAUCAUGGACGGUCAAGAUUUUAGAAAACAGCUAAACUUGGGCCAGGGUAAAGCCCAUGACAACACAGGAUCUGAGAAAUGCAGAUAAAACCCACAGUAGAUGUGAUUUUCAAUACAGGGAGUUGUCACCUUGUAUGCAACUGGCAGACAAACAGAAACCUAGGCCAGAUGAAGAGGAGCCAUUUGUGCAGAUUUUUGGUAACAGAAUAACAAUUUGCUUAUCUCAUUCUGUGCUUGCAGUUCCUAAUCCAUUGACCAAUAAUUAAUAGUUUUAUGUCAGAGGAAAUGUUUUCAUAAUCAGGCUUGUUUUGAGAUGAAUUAAAUCCCCAAAUCCUUCCCCUCACUACAUCAAUAAACCAAACUGUGUGUUU